AGGUCUACCUAAUUUCCCUGUUUGUCAAGCUUUAACUGAAAUUUUAUCAAGUCGGAUUAAGACUGCUUUAUGACCAGAUUCGGAAAGUGGCAAUACCCCUCUUUAAGAGGAAAUAUCGAACAUUCACAGAGUGAUUUGGAAAAUGUUUGUUUUGUAAACAUAAGUUAAUGACUGGUCGUGUAUAUCUGUUAUACAGAUGACAGUUUGAAGACAUUUGUUGGUCUAUGUACAGAAAAAUCAUCACCGCUAUAUUUUUAUAGCAGAUAUACAGGUAUUUAUAAAAACAAUAUCCAUUAGAGGCGUGUUCUUCUUGUUCCAGGUAAAUGAAAGAAACUGGUCGAUUUUAACUGAAUACAAAUGGUCCGUCAGAGGCGAAAUGCCGUUAUCUUAUCUGGCAGCAGUUAUUGAAAAGUUUCAACCGUGUUCAAACAUGCAAAUUAUCUUUUUCACGUCACAGAGAGUAAACCUAUUGGACAAUCCCGCCUUUUGAUAUAUGGUGCUUCAAUUUCACAAAUACACAGGUGAAAAAAAGUGCAAGUGGCUCAAGACUGAAUCAGAAGAGUGGCAUCUUUAAGACAUGGCGAUGCAGGAUAAUUCCUCUCGGGAACUUUAAGGAAAUUUACUGUGUACAUCGGUCAUAAACAAUGUGGAGUGCUACCAAAGUCCGGGCCCGAAUCACGGAAACUGACCCCGUCUUCAAGGCACGAUACAUCGGCUGUGCCGAGACAUUUACAGCGAGUGGUCAAGGAUGCACCACUGGACCCGUGCAAAAACUUUGGGAUAAUGCUGGGGGAGAAAAAGAGCUGAAAAAGGUGACCAUCGUCAUUAACACGAGUGGCAUAACCAUAAAAGGAUCCGAUAAGAAAAAAGAACAAGGCAAGUUUUAUCCCAUAGAAACUAUUUCGUUUUGCAAUGCUGACUUAGCUAUCAAUGAGAGAAUAUUCUGCUGGAUUUGUAAGGAUUCGGAGUCGCCGUCAUUACAAUGUCACGCUGUUAUUUGUGGAAGCAAAGAGGAGGCAAAAUCCAUGUCUCUCGUAAUGUCUCGGGCCUUCCAAAUAGCUUACAAGGAAUGGAAGACUUCCAAGGUUCGGGAGGAACGCGAAAGCAAAAAACUCCGAACAAAAGAUGAAAUCAAAGGAAAACAGUCAAGUUUCCGGAAGGACACAGCGUCACAAGCGGACUCGGACUCUAUCCAUAGUAGUGAAUCCGGAUCCGAAUCCCAUGCAACAGUUGCACGGAAGCUAUCCAGAAGAGAUUCUGGAUGCCAAACUGAAGUGAAUGAUUUGUCUAAUGGAUUGGAUAGCUCACUUAAGAUUAAAGAUUCUAAUUUGGACACCGUUUCUGAGAGCGGAAGUAAUAUUCCUUCCGUACCGGUUUUUAGUACGGUGUCUGUAGGAACUGAUGUGCAAUCGAUGGAACAAGAAUUUUUGUACUAAAUAUUUGAUAUUAAUGUUUGUUUAAGGUCUAGUCUAACUCUUUGAUAUUUAUAUAUUUAAUGUACUGGACAAAUGUUCAAUCAUACAGCUGAAAAGUUUGUUAUAAAAAGCGGUCGUUGGCAAAGGAUGUGGUUUAGUUCACUUUAAUUUAUGCCCAUGAAUAACAAUGAAAGCAUUUAUGCAUUUUGAAAUGUUCUUUGCAUUAUUUUAUCUCAUUUAAUACACAAAUGGGAUCAUAUUCUUAUAUAUGCAGUUUUCUGCACUAGAGUCAAGUAAAGUAUAACUUCCUGUAACCGUUUGAUGUAUUACAUGCACUUAACUUGAAGCUAUUUAUCACAAAAACAGCGAAUCAGAUUUAUGACAGCGAACCAAAUUUAUAGAUUAUAAUAUAUCAACAAUGGAAACCUCCUUAAAAUAUUUAUGGCUACCUUUUAAGAGCUCAAUAUAUUUAUAAAAUGUUCAAAGAAAAUUUGAAUUAGCAUAAGACCCUCAGGUCAGACAUUCUAUAGAUUUUUUGGUGAUAGGGAAUUACAAACUUUCAGUAAAAGAAAGGGUUAUUUGGCCAUUACAAACUAUUGCCCGUAUAAAAAACUUCAGAUAGACGUAUUUGCACUAUUAUAUUUAAGAAUGGACUUGAUUUUAAAAAUGAAUAA